AUGCCAGUAUUCCGGAACACAUGGCGAAACAUCAAAGUCACCCGAAAAUCAUCAUCUGUGUACAUAGACGAUGAUAACAGGCCGAGUGCAGCAGUGCAACCAAUUUUCAAUAUCAACUCAGGGCCUUCACCUCCUUCACAAGUACCUCAACAGUUUGUUCUACCACCACAACUGUUUCAACAACUUCCGGAGUCACAACAUCAACAACCACAAAUACAUCUACAACAGCAAUCACAACAACAACAACAAAUUCCUCAACGACCACAACAACUCUAUCCAGGACUACAGAACAUAAUGACUCCAUCGGGUGUAAUUCAUUUAAAUCUCUAUACUAUUCAACUUCCGAAUGGAAAUAAUACAUAUUCCUCCAUUAAAAUUUUCAGAAAAGUACCAGAUGAACGGUUGAAAAAGCACGUGAACAACAGAUACAUUUGGAGUGAUGAACACGAUCGCAGGAUAUGUCUUGAACGUAUUGGUGAUCUCUCUUCAUGGAUGCCUCUGGAAAUGUCCCAAUCAUUGAAAACACAUAUCCAAAAUUCAAUCGAAAAAAAGAAGAAGAACAACUUGUUAGUCUCUUCCUAG